GCGUGCCAGUCACAAGGGUCAGCGGCGCCUCUGUACAGUGUGGACGGGGUUCCUGUCUGUGGCAAUAGGUGGCGCUCUCUUACACGGCCCGGAGGCAAUGGGGCUCUUGGUGCGGCAGCUGGCUGUGGCCCGGAGGGUUGUACAGAGGGGGGUGAGCUCAGCGGCCGGACACAGAGAGGUGCAAGUCACCCACCUAGAGGGCAGCGAGGAGGGCAUUGCGGAGAUUGUUAUGUGCCGACCUCGUGCUAAGAACUCCCUGGGAAGAGUAUUUGUCAAUGAGUUCUUCCAUUCUGUAGACAGUCUCCGACAUGACGCCAGUGUCCGUGUGGUCGUGGUGAGGAGUGCGGUCCCCGGGGUGUUCUGUGCUGGCGCAGAUCUGAAGGAGAGAGCCAAAAUGACCAAUUCAGAAGCGCCUCUGUUUGUUCAAGAACUUCGAAAGUUAAUGAAUGAAAUUGCUGCCCUUCCAAUGCCAACAAUUGCUGCUGUGGAUGGAUACGCCUUGGGCGGCGGUCUAGAACUGGCGUUGGCUUGUGAUCUCCGCAUUGCUGCAUCCUCUGCUAAACUGGGACUGAUUGAAACUACAAGAGGAUUACUUCCUGGAGCCGGAGGAUCUCAGCGCCUUCCCCGCCUGAUUGGAGUCGGUUUAGCCAAAGAGCUAAUCUUCACCGGGAGACAGAUUGAGGGGGCGCAGGCAUUUAACAUCGGACUAGUGAAUGACGCCGUUCCACAGAAUGAAUGCGGGGAUGCUGCACAUAAGAAAGCCUUGGAGCUGGCCCAAGAAAUCCUGCCUCGGGCUCCAGUUGCUGUCAGAAUGGCCAAGCUGGCAAUGAACAAAGGAAUAGAGGUGGAUAUUGCAACUGGAAUGGCCAUUGAGGGAAUGUGCUAUGGGCAGGUUAUUCCCACCAAGGAUCGUAUAGAAGGCAUGUUGGCAUUUCAGGAGAAGCGUCCACCUCACUAUAAGGGAGAAUAAGGGUCCUACGAUCAGCAAGCCUCUUUUUUUCCAUAAGUUCAUGUUAAUAUCAUUUAUAGCCGAUAAACUUUUGUUCGGGAUGUAAUAAAAAUUAUCAUUACAGUGGGAGUAGUAAGCAUAUGAUCGAUUGACUAUUACAGCAGAAGUGGACUGAGCGAUCCCCAAGUCUCAGUCUAGCGCUCCUAUCCUAGGCCUCUCUGUUAUGGGGUCAGUACAAUGUGCACGCUAUUCUCACAGCACCAAGUUUGAUGUGACGUGGGAUGGACUGGAAAACAUUGCCUCCUUUCUGAACUUCAGCAUUAAAACCUAUUAAAAAAUGUA